UACUAAUUUUUAUUUUUAAUAAUUAACUUCACACUUUUCACAGACAUUUUCAAGCUUUUACGUCUGCACUUGAGGUGGUAAAUUUGAACGAAUCGGGUAAUACCGCUAAUAAAUGGGUUUAUACAUAGAAAUGAUCCGCACGAGGCCAUUUAUUCCAAGUGCAUCAGCAAGUACAGGCAAAUGUCAACGGUUGCAGAAACCCAACAUAAAAUCUCUCUCAAAAGCCAUUUAAAACCCGAAAACCACUGUUCCAUUUCACUGUCUCUAACCUCCAGAGAAAUGAAGCUUGUUUGGUCUCCAGAUGCUGCUCUUCAAGCUUACAUAACCACCGUUCAAUCGUGUCAGAAUUUCAAAGAACCCGGCGUACCUGAGCUCCUCUCCGCCAUGGCCGCCGGCUGGAACGCGAAAUUGAUCGUGGAAUCAUGGACUCACGGUGGUCCGAUAACAACCAGCAUCGGGCUAGCUGUUGCUUCACUUCGUACAAGUGGUAGACAUGUAUGCGUAGUCCCAGAUGAACGGUCCAGAUCAGAUUAUGUAAAAUCCAUGCAAAGCGCCGGCAUGGUAAAGACGGAAGUGAUCGUAGGGGAAGCGGAGGAGGUGAUGGCGGGGCUUGCGGAGGUUGAUUUUCUGGUGGUGGAUUGUAAACGGAGAGAUUUCGUUAGGGUUUUGAGGUUGGCUAAGUUAAACCAAGAAGGUGCUAUAUUGGUACGCAAGAACGCGCAGCAAAGUUACCUUGCCGGGUUCAGAUGGCAAGGAGUGCUUGGGAGAGGGACACGUGUCGUUAGAUCUGUGUACAUGCCGGUUGGGAAAGGAUUGGAUGUUGUUCAUAUAGGGAGUAGGGGUGGGGGUAUGAGUCUGCAGAAGAGUCCUAGCCGUUGGAUUAAAUGUGUAGAUCAAAAGUCCGGUGAGGAGCACGUGUUUCGUGGUUAAAUUUUUGAAUUUUGAUAGUCUGCAAUGAACACCCAUCAAUUGAGGGUGCGAGCUAUUUCCCUUUCCUUGUAAGAUUAGAUCUUGUGGUUCAGAUAUCGUAUAGCAGUAUCCGAUGGUUGGUAUCCUUUAAUUUUGUGUAGUAUUGUACAGCAACUAUGGCAUCAAACCCUUGAUCGAGUAUUUUUCUUUUUCUUGCAAA